AUGAACGAAUCAAAUAAUGAAACAACAUAUAAUAAUACAAACUCGGGAAUGGAGUUUAUAAACUCCAAUACAAUUAGCGGUGGCAAUAUCUCAUCACCAAUCUCACCACAAAUGUCCCAAACCUCACCAACACAAGGCGGCAGUGCAUCAUCUUCAUCUUCAGUAUCAUCGGUAGCAUCACAAGCUGUUGCAGGUGCAGUAAUGGGAUUUGCUUUAGGUAACAAUAAUAUUUCUUUAGAACCAUCAGCAUUAUCACACAGAGUCAAUGCAAUUACAUCAAAAAUAAAAGAGUUUAAAGACACCAAAAUGGAACAAACUCGUAACUGGCGUCAAUUUUUAGGUGAAAGACAGCAAUAUACAAUUCCAGCAAUCAAAGAUACCACAAGUAGAAUCAAAGAAAAUGUUGUAUAUUUCCAAUCCAAUUAUUUAAUUCUCUUUAUUGUCUUCUCUUGUUAUUUCGUCAUUACAAAUCCAUUCUAUCUUUUAUUAUUAGGCCUCCUCUUAUUCAUUUCAGUAUAUAUUCACUAUAUCAAUCCAAACCUCACUGACAUUCAAAAGAAAAUUGGUUAUGGCAUUCAAGCUUUUCUUUCACUUUAUUUCUUAUUAUAUGCUGGCUCCUCAAUAUUUUGGUUAAUUGGUGCAACAUGUACAAUCACAUUAUUACAUGCAGCUUUUCACGUUCCAAAUUCAACCGAUGACUCUACCAUUAAAUUUGGAGGAGGUGUUUAA